ACCACCCAAGGUCUGAUUCUGAGGGUACUUGGGUGGGCCCUGUGGGGCAGCUGCCACAUCAUGGAGAAGUGACAGCAGGCGGCAGCCACAGUGGAGAGCUGUUCUGGUGGCCGGGCCCCUGGGCCCCAGAGGCGCUGGUGCUCGCCCGGCAGCUCAACCAGAAUGUAAGUUCUUUUCAAAGAAAAUUUGUUGGUGAGGUGAAAAGGUGUGAAGAACUCGAUCGGAUAUUGGUUUAUCUGGUGCAGGAAAUCACUAGAGCGGAUAUUCCCCUGCCUGAGGGAGAGGCCAGUCCUCCUGCACCGCCUCUGAAGCAGGUUCUAGAAAUGCAGGAGCAGCUGCAGAAGUUGGAGGUGGAGCUUCGAGAAGUCACCAAGAACAAGGAGAAACUGAGGAAGAACCUGCUGGAGCUGAUUGAGUACACCCAUGUGCUGAGGGUGACGAGAAGCUUUGUGAAGCGCAGCACUGAGUUUGAACCCACUUACGAGGAGUUCCCUUCCCUGGAGAGCGAGUGCUUGCUGGACUGCAGCUGCAUGUAUAGGCUGGGCGCGAAGCUGGGGUUUGUGUCCGGCCUAAUUCAGCAAGGAAAGGUGGAAGCGUUUGAGAAAAUGCUGUGGCGGGUCUGCAGGGGGUACACCAUCGUGAGCUACGCAGAGCUGGAUGAGAGUCUGGAGGACCCUGAAACUCAGGGAGGAGCCAUAAAAUGGCAUGCAUUCCUGAUAUCCUUCUGGGGAGAGCAGAUUGGCCAGAAGGUUAAGAAGAUCUGUGACUGUUACCACUGCCAUGUGUACCCCUACCCCAGCACGGCUGAGGAGCGCAAGGAGAUCCAGGAAGGGCUCAACACGCGGAUCCAGGACCUGUACACUGUGCUGCACAAGACCGAGGACUACCUGAGGCAGGUGCUGUGCAAGGCCGCCGAGUCUGUGUGCAGCCGUGCCGUGCAGGUGAGGAAGACGAAGGCCAUUUACCACACGCUGAACAUGUGCAGCUUCGAUGUCACCAACAAGUGCCUCAUCGCCGAGGUCUGGUGCCCCGAGGCUGACCUGCAGGCUCUGCGCCAGGCGCUGGAAGAGGGCUCGAGAGAGAGCGGUGCCACAAUCCCCUCCUUCAUGAACACGAUCCCCACGAAGGAGACGCCACCCACACUCAUCCGCACCAACAAGUUCACCGAGGGCUUCCAGAACAUCGUGGACGCCUAUGGCGUGGGCAGCUACCGCGAGGUGAACCCAGCUCUCUUCACCAUCAUCACCUUCCCGUUUCUGUUCGCUGUGAUGUUUGGAGACUUCGGCCACGGCUUCGUGAUGUUCCUGUUUGCCCUCCUGUUGGUGCUGAAUGAGGAUCAUCCCAGGCUGGCCCAGUCCCAGGAGAUCAUGAGGAUGUUCUUCAACGGCCGCUACAUCCUCCUGCUCAUGGGCUUGUUCUCGGUCUACACUGGCCUCGUGUACAACGACUGCUUCUCCAAGUCAGUGAACCUCUUCGGCUCGGGCUGGAACGUGUCUGCCAUGUACAGCACCAGCCAUGCCGUGGAGGAGCGCGGCAAGAUGGCUCUCUGGAAUGACAGCGUCGUGAGGCACAGCCGGGUUCUCCAGCUGGAUCCAAGUGUCCCCGGCGUGUUCCGAGGCCCUUACCCUUUUGGGAUUGACCCGAUUUGGAACCUGGCCACAAAUCGCCUCACCUUCCUGAAUUCUUUCAAAAUGAAAAUGUCUGUGAUCUUAGGAAUUAUUCACAUGACAUUUGGUGUCAUUCUGGGAAUAUUUAACCACUUGCACUUCCGGAAGAAGUUCAACAUCUGCCUGGUGUCCGUGCCCGAGCUCCUGUUCAUGCUGUGCAUCUUCGGGCACCUCAUCUUCAUGAUCGUCUACAAGUGGCUGGCAUACUCGGCCGCCAGCUCCAGGGAGGCGCCCAGCAUCCUCAUCGACUUCAUCAACAUGUUUCUCUUCCCGGCCAGCGAGGCCAGCGGCCUCUACCCAGGCCAGGCGUACAUCCAGAGGGUGCUGCUGGCCGUCACCGCACUGUCUGUACCCGUCCUCUUCUUGGGAAAGCCGCUCUUCCUGCUGUGGCUGCACCACGGCCGCGGGUGCUUUGGUGUGAACCAGAGCGGCUAUACCCUUGUGAGGAAAGACAGCGAGGAAGAAGUGUCCUUGCUGGGAAACCAGGACAUCGAGGAGGGGAGUGCCCAGGUGGAGGACGGAUGCAGAGAAGUGACGUGCGAAGAGUUUAAUUUCGGGGAAAUCCUGAUGACGCAGGCGAUCCACUCCAUCGAGUACUGCCUGGGCUGCAUCUCCAACACCGCGUCCUACCUGCGGCUCUGGGCGCUCAGCCUGGCCCACGCGCAGCUGUCUGAUGUCCUGUGGGCCAUGCUCAUGCGCAUGGGCCUCCGCAUGGACAGCACCUUCGGGGUCCUGCUGCUCUUCCUGGUCAUCGCAGUCUUCGCAGUUCUCACGAUUUUCAUCCUUUUGGUCAUGGAAGGGCUUUCUGCUUUUCUCCACGCCAUCCGCCUCCACUGGGUAGAAUUUCAGAACAAAUUCUACGUUGGUGCAGGCACCAAAUUCGUUCCUUUCUCAUUCAGUCUUCUCGCAUCAAAGUUCAGUAACGACGACGUGGUGUGAUAACACUGCUGUCACCAACAAGCUUUCAGAUUUAUGGAGAGCUAUCAUGUUAAGAACUUCACAUCUGUCAAGUUUAUGAUAGGAAAAAAUUCCGUCUGCAUUGAUUGCCUUAUGAUAUAGCCAAAUGAUUCUGUAAGAUACAUACCUCUUCCUCAUGUUAAAGAUUUUGUAAAGUUUACGAGUUUCAGACACAAAUUUCUUUUUUUUUUAUUAUGAACACAGGAUAAGUUAAUGCCAAAUGUCAUGUUAAAGUUAUUUUUAAAAAUAUAGGAUUGGGGAAGAGAAGCCAGUUUUGAAUGGCUAAAUGAAAAUGGUCUUAGAUACUUGAUUCCUUUUAAACCUUAUUAAAAAUACAAAGAAUUAUCCUGUCACUUGACGUUGUUAGAUAAUAUUCCCCAACAGCUGAAGUUAAGCAGGUUUUUUUGGUCCCGGGGAUCGAAUUCGGGCCCUUGCACUUGCGAGGCAGACACUAGAACCAGAGUUA